AUGUCUGGUGGUGAAUCUGAUGAUGCAUCAAUUACCUUCCUCCCCUUGCCGUCGACAUUCGAUCACAUGGAUCCUGACCACUGGGCCAGACUCUCCGGCACUAUACAGUCAUGGCUCCUGACGUUCACGGAUGCAGUGACGCCUGAAUGGACUUGGGGCCGGGACGCAUUCUGGUACGCAUUUGUCGCUGCCAAUCCUGACUUCCCCAAUGGCAAGUGGGCUUUCUGGGAUCCGCGUAUUCCUCUCGAGGGCCAGUUCAUCGAGGAGUGGGUGGAGUGCGGCAUCAAUUUGCCCGUCGAAGAUGCUGACGAAGAGCUCACUACUCCUUUGACGCACAGUGAUACCCGGGACCUCAUAUGGGGAGAGUUCUCCAGACACAUUGCGCUUUUUUACCCUUAUCGUUUGAUUUCUACUACAUAA